UGCCAAGCUGGUUUCACAAGUAAAGGUUUUCGGUGUAUCUGUCCAGAAGAAUUCAGCGGAGGAGAAGUUUGCCAAGCUUUCAGAAAUUGCGCUGACAUUUUUAAAUCAGGCCAAACACGAGACGGUGUUUACGUCAUCAAACCUGACGACCGAUCAGCUUUUGAUGUCUUCUGCGACCAAACAACAGCCGGUGGAGGAUGGACGGUAUUCCAGAAAAGAAUCGACGGUUCCGUUGACUUCAACCUCAACUGGAGCGAUUAUAAGCGUGGCUUCGGAAAUCUUGGAGGCGAGUUUUGGCUUGGCUUGGACAGGAUUUAUCGCCUGACUUCAGAUAAUAACAGCAUGUUACGAGUAGACAUGGCGGACUUCGAAGGGAGAAGUGCUUAUGCCGAAUACAGCUCUUUUGGUGUCGGGAGUGAACAUGACAAGUACCGGUUGAUCCUUGGUUCUUAUAACACAGCAGGUGACUAAACUAAUUUACAUACGCAUUGUGUAAUUCCAAGGCUUGCUUCAAUGCGAUGACCGGAGACAACAACAACAAUUUUAACACAAACAAAGACAGAAAUGUUAGUAAAGUAAUUGAAUAAGAGAUAGAACAUUGUUAAGAAAGUUAAGAAAAAUACUAAGCCCAGCGGUUAAAAACUGUUCACGUAAAACGAAAUUCGAUAAUGGUUAAUCAUUUAGUAAAUGAUUUAGAUGAUAUAUAAGGGAAUUUUUGUCCCUUUUCCCAGCCUUUUGUUGAUAAAAUAGUGUUUGAAGGGUUCUGGUUCUUGAGAGGAGUAUAAUUAAGAUAUGUUAUUAACCCUGUCAGUCUCGUCUUCGGAUUUCAUUUCUUACUUCCUUCUUACCGCCACCUACUUUCAUUGUGUACUCGAAGCCAUUUUGGUUACUAUAUACAUAUUUUUUGCGGCAAAUCAAUCCCAAACAAGGGAGGGUGGAUGCAGAAAAGACUUCAUAAGCGCGGAAGGAAAGGUAAAAACUUAAACAUUAUUAUACAGGGCCUGGUUUUUCAAAACACGCUUUACCUAACACGAAGUUAGUGUGAAUUUUCAAUUCAGUUUUAUAGCCCUGCAAAGGGAUUUAUUUGUUUGCAUUUUUCCCUGUUAGUUUUGAGUCAUACUGAGAUAAAACCCAACAAAACCUUGGCUCCUGUACACGCUCUUCUACAUGAGAAAUUACAUCUAAGGUUAACUUUUAAACCAGGAUUAAAGUCAACCCCUUUUCGAACA